UCAAGGCGUACGGUUCAACCAAAAAUGAGUGAAAAAAACGAGGGAGCUGCUAGAGAGAACAAUGAAAAAGCUUCAGCUUCGGGAACAAGGAGAAAGCACGAUGCAGAAGCUGAUGAAAAUGUUUCAAAUGCAAAGCGACUCGAGACCUCAGAGGAUAACUCUUCAGUUUUAAUAACAGAAGCUGAAUCAAUUUCCCAGGAAAAUACGGAGGAGACCUCUGGAUCCCCAAAACCGCCUACAACUAUAUUCUCCCUAAACACCUAUUGCUGGAUAAAAAUAUUGUCUUAUCUUCACUUGGGGGAUCAAAUAAGACUUGCUGCCUCAAAUCGUUACUUAAAUAAACAUUUCGAACCUCUAGAAAGUACUUAUAAACACAUUAAUGAUGAGUCGGCAAGUCUCAACAAAGCCGAUCUGCAACUAUUGCUGGAGACGGUCAAUGAGAAUGUUAUCAGCUAUGAGUCAUCGCUUCGGGAUGGAGAUGAACAUUUGUGGCUGUUGCGAACCUACUGCCCGCAGGUCCGUCAUCUGAAAAUGACUUUUCGUCGCCCACGUAUCGAUCUAAAAGAAUUGAAAAGCUUAACAUCCCUACACGCACGUCUAUUCUUUGCCAAUGCGAAGUUUUAUAAGGACUUUUUUCUUAUCCUAAUGGAACUGCGCCUAAAGAAACUAAACCUUAUUGCUGACAACUACAAUGGAAGCGGGCUGCAUGUUCUGGAGGACCUCGAAUCCCUGGACCUUAGUGGUUGUCCACGAUUCGAUGCCGAAUGUUUGGCCGAAUGCUGCUUAAAAUUGAAAAAGCUACGCCACCUUAACAUGGGCCACAUUAACGAUAACCUCACCGCGGACAACUUUAGGGUAAUUGUGAAGAACUGUCGCAAUCUGGAAAGACUGGUCAUUAGCGAAGGACCACCGGAUUUGCCCUAUGAUAUCAUCUGCCAGCUGCCUAGACUAAAACACUUGAAGGUGUGGAAUUCGACUUUUCUUACACCUACUUUCACAGAGAAACUGAUCCAAAGAACUGGUACUCCGCUAGAAAGUCUCAUUCUGAUGGACUAUAAACUGAAAUCUGAACAAAUGGAUCAUAUCUGUGAAAUUUCUUCGCUCCGGGAACUUUGCGUGGUUAGUGAGACUUUUCCAUUGAGUAGCCUGAUGAAGCUGAAGAAUCUGGAAAUCCUUCACCUGACUGCGCCAGAUAUUACCAAUCAACAAUUGUUGGCGAUUCUUGAGGGAUGUCCGCUAUUAUCCGUACUCAAUUUGCCAUUUUGGAGGUUAAUUACCAAAGACUUUUUCUUAGAUGCGACUCUUUUUUAUAGACGCAAAAAGAUCCAAAUAAAUCUGCCAUACCCACCUGUUGAUUUUUUGGAAAUCCCUAUUUCAAAAGACAACAAGUUCAUUAAUUUCACACACCAAUUUUAUUUUAGUCCCAUUUUAAUAAAUCAAGAACUCUGUGACUCAAAUUAAAUAUUAUUUUCAGGUCAUUUAACUAACAAUUAUUGUGUGUACAUGUGUAUUAAUUUGUAUAUUAAAAAUAAAAUUUAAAUGUGACCAUUUAUUCAAAUUGUAUAUACAUUUAAUCAGCAAAAAAUCACCAUAAUUAUUUAGCAGAUUUCAAGUAGUUUUUCUCAAGAAACUUAACCAUCAAUUAAAGACCGAAUAAAAUCCCCCAUUUAUUAAUUUA